AUGAUCAACUUCUUCACGAGGAACGGCGUCCGGAGGCUGCUCAAGCGCAAGGACAGCGACGCCGGCGAAAGAGGUAAUCCCUCCCUCCCGUGGUUGGCUUCGGGGCACAUGAAUGUUGGCUGUGGGGGAGAGUCAGCGGCUGCUGGAACCUCCCCUGAUCCGCCCCAAAAGUGGAAAUCACCCCCAUUCACCACCUCCUCCCCUUUUAAAUCAUCUCCUUUAGUUCAUUCUUCGGGGCCUUUUCUUAGUUUCGGCGGCACAGUGCGGCUGCGUUUCGGGGGUGAGCAGAUCAAUGCCUCACCAUCUCCCGUUUCAUAGUACUGAUCUUGGGUAGAAAUCGCCUCCUCGGCUCUUUCUCUGUUCUUGUCGGCGCCUUAUCCUCGCCAGAUUGGAGCAAUUAGGGUAGAAAUCGACACGACCCAUCUCCAAGCAUCAUAACAGCCCCCCUGGGGGAGGAUGUGGAUGGUGAUUAAUCUGAAAGAGUCGUCGAUUCUGGGAUACUUCCGAUGCCCGGAGAAGUUCUCCCUCUCGCAGGAUCGCAGCAUGACCUUUCCCGGUGUGGGCGAGCGACGAAGGGAGCAGGAAGCCGCCAUUAAAACCCUAAUGAUGGAAGCUUCCCGCUGCUGUCGGUUGUGAAUGGAAAUGCCACCACCUGAUGAAAAUUCAUCUUUGUUCUUUUAUGUCAAUAUCCUGCAAUCAUAAGUCAAUGGAUCAGAAUCGGACGAGGGAUAGAAUUUUGGUCCGUUGACUAGAGUAGACCCACCCGUGUAUGUUACGCACGAUAUUUAAUUUAUUUUAUUAUAUCAUUCUAUGGGCUAUCUUCUCCUACCGGGGGCACUAACUGGGUACCUCCCAAUGUUUGCCUGUAAAACUCGAGCCUUUGGCAACAUCUUUAUCUCUUAAUUUUUGACUUGUCCCAUGUGUUGACUUAUCUCCCCUUGUCUGGGUUGCUCGAUCUUUACACCGAUGCAAGUUUUAUGUUCUUGAGAAGGGAUGGAACACUCUUUCUGUGAGUGCUAACUGCCAUCUUCUCUUGCUGGGGUUUCUCUCUCCUCCUCCUCCUGCUCCCAUGGCUCCCUUCCCUGAAGCCAAAGCUCUGAACGAUCUUCGAGCUUCCCUCUUCAGCGAGCUCCGGACCUCGGAAGGCGCCAAGCGCCUGCAGCAGCGCGCUUGCAGCCCCACCAUCGCCCUCUCCUUCAACUUCUUCGUCUCCGUCGGCAUCAUCAUGAUGAACAAGCUCGUAAAUCCUCUUCUCUAUCUCGCUCUCUCUCUCUCUCUCUCUCUCUCUCUCUCUCUCUCUCUCUCUCUCUCUUCUUCUUCUUCUUCUUCUUCUUCUUCUUCUGCAUCAUCUUCCCCUCCUUCUUCUUCUUCUUCUUCUUCUUCUUCUUCUUCUUCUGCAUCAUCUUCCCCUCCCUCUUCUUCUUCUUCUUCAUCAUCUUCCUCUCCUUCUUCUUCUUCAUCAUCAUCAUCAUCAUCAUCUUCCUCUCCUUCUUCUUCUUCUUCUUCAUCAGCAUCAUCAUCAUCAUCAUCUUCCUCUCCUUCUGCUUCUUCUUCUUUUUCAUCAUCAGGUUCUGGGCAGAGUGGGCUUCAACUACCCAAUCUUCCUCACCUUCAUCCACUACGUGGUGAGCUGGCUCCUGAUGGGUCUACUCAACGCCGCCUCCCUGCUUCCCUCGCCGCCGCCGGCCAGGGCGACCCCCUUCUCCACCCUCCUGGUUCUCGCCGUCGUCAUGGCCGUCUCCACCGGUCUCGCCAACGUCAGCUUGAAGUACAACAGGUGAAUUCCCCAUACCCCAGUUUUCUCUCACAAGGCUGUCUGCAAAACCUUGAAUGCUUUCUCUCUAUAGCGUCGGGUUCUACCAGAUGGCGAAGAUAGCGGUGACCCCCACCAUCGUCCUGGCGGAGUUCAUCCUCUUCCGGAAGACGGUUUCCUUCCACAAGGUGAGUUUCGGAAAUCAUUCAUCUCCUGGUCUUCACCGGAACCCUAAAAUGGGCAGGAGGCGCCUCCGCAGGUGGUGGCGCUGACCGUGGUCUCAGCCGGCGUGGCGGUGGCGACCGUCACCGACCUCCAGUUCCAGCUCUUCGGGGCCUGCGUGGCCCUCGCCUGGAUCGUCCCCAGCGCCGCCAACAAGGUGCUCUGGUCCAGCUUGCAGCAGCGCCACAACUGGACUGCCCUUGCGUGAGUUCUUCCCUUCCUCCGCCGCCACCGGCGAAGAAUGGGCCCUUGUCUGAAGCCACGGGUUCUUUAUCUGAAGUCAGCGACUCCGUUGACUCGGCAGGUUGAUGUGGAAGACGACGCCGAUGACCCUCUUCUUCUUGCUCACCAUGAUCCCGUGGCUCGAUCCCCCCGGUGCCCUCUCCUUCCACUGGAGCGCCGCCAGCUACUCAGCCAUCCUCCUUUCCGCUCUUCUCGGGUUUCUUUUGCAGUUAUCCGGUGCUCUCGCUCUAGGGUCAGCUCUCUCUCUCUCUCUCUCUCUCUCUAACUCUGUAGCUGUCUCUCUCUCUUCUGUGGGGCAGCUUGGGUGAUUGUUCCCCUGUUUUCCGUUUUCGCAGGGCAACGUCGGCGGUGUCGCACGUCGUUCUGGGGCAGUUCAAGACGUGCGUCGUCCUCCUCGGAGGGUUCCUCUUCUUCGGCUCGAAUCCGGGCGUCUUCAGCAUCGGCGGCGUCGCCGCCGCCCUCGCCGGCAUGUCUGCCUACACGUACCUCUGCUCACCCGGUAGGCCUCGGGAGGCGCUUUCUUCCCUGCAGAAAUCCCGGCUGGGAAAACCAGGCGGCGCCGACGCCGACGAGAACGUAUGA